AGAAAUGAAAUGGGAAUCCUAGCACCCCAUUUGUCCCAAUGAGACCAUGUCGCCCAGAAUUUGGGGUCAUGAUGCUGGGAUUGGCUUUGAUAAUACGAGUGGGUUCAUGGGCACACCAAUGAAUCGGAUUGGGAUUUAAGCUUCCCGUCUCACAUCCCGAGAUAAAUGAGAGUUUAUGUAGCAAUUUUGCAUUUGAUUACUCUGCUGGAUUGGUUGCAUUAAGAGCAGAGAACUAUUGCGUUCAAUUGUACAGCUUGCUUGAAGACCGUGAAGUUUCUGAGAUUCAAGUCUGUGAGAGAAAUCAUCAACCUGUAGAUGAAGUGACUAUGGGAGUAACUCGAGUGGCUAUUUCCAAAGAUGGUUCUACAGUGUGUACUUCUGAUGUUAAGCUUCCUGAAGAUGGAAUUGGGAGUCUUGUUUGUCUUAAGUUUUGGGAAUCUGAUUCAUUGAAUAAAAAUUUUAGCUUGUCCACAAUCGUUUAUGAACCUCACAGGGAUGCUGGUGUCUCUUCAGUUGCUUUCCAUCCUAGUCGCCGAAUGGCUGUUAGCACAUCAAAUGGUGGCGACUUCAAGAUAUGGGUUUCUCAUGAUGAGAUUAAGAAGAAUAUUGGUGAGACAGUUAAGAAUUCUGGUUGGCUGUGUCACUCUGUGGGUUCCUACAAAAAGAAGCCAAUGACAGCUGCUGCAUUUUCUGCUGAUGGCUCUGUUUUGGCGGUUGCAGCAGAAACUGUUAUCACAUUAUGGGACCCUGAACACAAUGUCCUUGUUGCUGUACUCGGAGAAAUUCAGAAGCCAAUUAGGUCUCUAUCGUUUGCUGGAAAAUCAGACUAUCUUGUGAGUGUGUCCGAAGGUUCACAACCACAGCUGUCAGUAUGUAGUAUGUCGAAACUCUCUGUAUCCUGGUCAUACAAGCUUCAAGUAGAAGAUGUAGCUUGUGCUGUUGAUGCAUCAAUGUUUGCAGUUCUUGUUGUUAGUAAAUCGUGUAAUAAUGAGACAACAGUACUUAAAGGAAGAGAUGGGGUAAUCUUAUUAUUCAAUGUCACAGAUCCACUUCCUGUGGCUACUUGGUCUGUAAGGAAGGCCAAGGGGGGAGGACUUGGUUUUAUUCAAGCAAAUAAUCAAACUAAAAAUAUAUUCAAAGCAGGCAAGCCAUCAUCUCAAGAGUUGCUUGUGUAUGUAGAUGGUGAUCACGAAUUUGUUGUAUUUGACCCGCAGAGUAGCGAAACACAUGAACUUAGCCUAACUGGACAACAAAACCUUGCUACCAUUGAGGAAACAGUAGAACAACUUGGAUAUGCAUCUGUGUAUGGUGAGCUACCCGAGUUUGAGUUGAAGAGCAAGGAUGAUGAGUUGUGGGAAGCAACGGCUCCCUCGAGACCCUCGGAGAGACCGUGGGAGAGUAUAUUCAGUGGAUCAAGUCAUGAUCUUCCACCCCUCACUAAAUUAUGUUCACCUUUUUUGGAGUCUUUGCUGGAAAGGAGGACUACUACUUCUACUACUGCCAUUGUUGAAUGAUCAUUUCCAAUUAAGAAGCAACCAAUGAAUGUUGUUGCUUUGCUGAUAGUUUUGGUCAAAUUAAUUAUGAUUAGCUCAAAAUUAAGGCAAAUCCAUUUUGUUAUUGGAUUUUACAUGAUGAUGUUUUUGUACCAAUGUUUGUGAGUCACAAAAGUAAUAUAAUCUUAUGUUUCAAUUUCCUUUUCUGUUACAAAACAAAAAAUUAUUACAGUAGAGAUAAUACUUUGAGAUAUUGUAAUUUACAUUAUUAUUCUGUAAUGACAAUUUUUGUAUUCUUUUUC